AUGAGCUCGUUGGGACUGCCAUUGCCAGUGCUCUACUGUGCAGAAGACGGCGACCUUUACCCUCACCGUGUCAAAAUGACUGUGGCGACCUACCGGACACCAUGGAGAAGAGGAACCGUGGUCUCUACAUGCAAGUUGUUUGUCAGUGGAUCUAUGCAAGACGACCUUGGACAAAUCUCGCAACCAGUUAAUUUCGUAGAAAAGUUGAGUAUCACUGCGGACCAGAUGAUAGAGGAUCUGGUGGACAUGGUGCCCAGUUCAAACCCAAACUCCCAGGUUGAUCUCAAUGAGAACGAGGCUGUUUGCCUCUUGCAGGAGUCAGAAGGCAAGGAUCACUGUAAGGAAUCUUUUUACAAGAUAAUACCUGACCCAAUGGGCCACGGCAAUCAGAACGAAGAUCUACUACUGCCAGAAGAGGUUUUGCUUUUUGAUUACCUGACUCGGUAUAAGAGACGUUUGCCAACGCUGACAGCCAAGCUGGUCAGGUUAAGGAACCUGCCUGUGUCUGAUCCCUUGCUCAGCUCCACAGCAGGAAUGCUAUCAGAGGACACCAUAUUCAGGCACUGUGCACCUUUUACGAUACCUCCUGAUGUAUGCAACACAAGCGUUCAGUCCUGUUCGAUUCUUCACGAAGUAUUUGACAAAGAAACGGUGUUAAAUGAAGAGUCGCUAAUGUUACCUUUCGAGCUGGAGACCUUAACACUCAACAGGGAAGACUACACCCGCUUCCCCAUCAUCCUCCGUGUCAUGAAUGUUGCUCCAGAACCGACGGAGGAGCAGAUUCCAGUUCUAAAUGUGAUUCGUAAAGCUGCAUUUUUGGCUGAGGACAUCUCACAGUUUGAGCUGCCAGUGGGGACCACCGCUGACUGCAGGAUGAAUGGAGGUCCAGCAGGCCAACAGUCUGCAGAACACUUGGUGCUUCCCACUGAGUUGGAGCUGGCCCUAGCUCUGUCCCCCAUCCAGAGGACCAGACUCACCCAGCCCUGCUGCUCCCUGUCCCAGCUCCAUGUGGAGCAGCUGUCUCCAGUCCACAGACGACUAAUAGUGUCAGAGAGAGAUCAACGGGACAUGGAGCUGGCACUUUGGAAGGCGGAGAAGCAUCGUUGCUGUAUGCUUGGCUUUCUGUUGACAGAGCCCCGGACAUGUGAACCUGCUGUGGAGUUCCAGCCUCUGUCUGAAGCUUUGAGAAUACUAAAGAUAGAUCAUGAAAAUGUUAUCAGUGCUGGUGACAGCAUCAGUGACAAACUGCAGUCGUGGAUGCCGGCAGGAGUACCAGAUGUGUAUUUUUCCAGCUCACAUGAGUUCACAGAAAGCUUGGCCUGUGAGAGUUCCAGUGCCAAGCAGGAUAAGGUGGAGGACUUUACAAUAAUUUCCCCCAGCAGCAUUGAAUCGGUUGCAGUCAGUGAGGUCAUAAUCCCACCUGUCUUGAAGAGUCCCUCACAGCCAACCCAACCAUCUCAGCUGCAGAUAUCUGGGAAUGCUUUCACACCUAAGGCUGUUUCUAAAAACCAGUCCCCCGGAAAUACCAUUCAGAGGAGCCUCCAAACACACAACAUCAACGCGAUUACCGAGAAAGAAAAAGCUGGAGCGUCAGUAUUUUCUGCACCUGCUGGUACAACCCACAAUGAGAAAGAGACCACUGGGUGGAAUCACACAUUGGGUGAAACCAUCUCCCCAAAUAUCAAGGUCACUUUCAACCCCAGAGCUAUACUUGUGGGUGAGUGCCGGCCAGAGCAGAGGGCUUCUGAUUCUCAACAGGCCCUCAUUCAGCACAGACCCGAUGUGAGAGACUGUUUAAGGGGUCUGCCCAGCACUGGACUUCCGCCAGAGAGGAAGUUAGAUCCUCUAUCCACCUUCAUGAAGCUAAGGCGCCAUCAGAGAUCUCCCGACACAGCAGCUCUUCAGAAUUGCACCAGCUCUCCAGCUACAAAGGUGAAGCAGCAGAUGCCUCAGCCUGCUUCACAGCCCAUCCUAGAGCAGAAGGCAGGACUGGAUAGCAGACCUACUCAUAUGAGUGGUGUUGUCGUGUCAGAAAAUGUUAUCAGAGCACAGGAGACAGACGGUCAGUCAGUCAAACACUCUGUCUGUCAAACUGUCUCUGAGAGCAGACAGGGCAACAGAGUUGUACAAGUCCAGGCGACAGAGAGCCAGUGGCAUGCCUACUGCGAGCUGCUAGCCUUUGCCCAGCCCUGCAUGUCCAAGGCAAGGGAACUGGGACUCUCCUCCUCAGCCUUAGCAGACUUCAGCAGCCUGGCCCCUGACCAAACUCAGUUCCUCCUCAAACAGCAGGGACUGGCACUAAAGAGGGUGUCUGGACAAGAUCAGGAGUUGCGGUUCAACCAGGCAGCUUUGAUGCAUGUGCUGGUGACAGUCAAAGACCUGCUACUGAAGUGUGACCUCAAAACUGCUGUGGAAUACCUGGCCAGGGCGGCUGACACAUGCGUGGGGCAGAGUCUGGAGUUGCUGGUGAGGAGGCUGCAGAUCCUCCUGUACAUUAGUCAGAAGAGCCAGGAACCCGACCCCAAACUCCUGGAGCUUCAGGACCAGCUGGUCACAUGGCAGCAAACAAAGGAAGGGAAUGCAUUGGACAAAGCUUUGGUCAUCCUAACAGUCGACUCAGACCGUGUCAGAAAUGUGCUCAUCAAGAGCCUGAGCCAGGCGACUGGUCAGCCUGUGACUGCAGUGUGUCCUGAGAAGGGGAGGGCUAAACUGAAUGGUGCCAGGAUGCUGAACAGCCUGUGUGACAGUCAGUGUGUGGUGGUUUGUGGCCAGCAUGUUGGACCAGACUUCCCCUGGCAGUGUUUCUCACUGGUGGUGGAAUACCAGCACUCAUUUUAUUCUCCAUGGGCUGUUGUCUGCGGAGAGAAGAGUAUCAGCCGCCUCUGCUUCAUUACCAGCCUCCCCAUCUCUGAGGAGAAUGACACGGCGUAUUGGUCCCUGGAGGACAACAUCCCCUAUGUGCUGUUUGUGACACAGGGGCUCCUCAACCUCCCCCUUCUGCUACAGAUACUGGAGUCAACGUAUAACAUGACCGUGUUGGAGAGGGACCACCCUCCAUCCUUGCAGAUGCUCGGGGGAACCCAUCACUACGCUGUGGUCACUGUGGAUGCAAGCACCGCUGUCAUCAUUCAGGAGCAGAAGGAGCUGUGCAACGAGAGAGCCAGUGAGGAUGUGGUAAUGAGGCUGAAUGCUCUGUCGCAACAGUACAGCUCCUGUUGGUUCAUCCUCUAUUGCCCGGAGAGCUCAGAAGGAGGGUUGAUUGGUGACGCAUUCUGUAACCUGGAACUGGUGUACUCAUCUCUGGUGUUAAAAAUGAAGGCUAAGGACCUGGCUGUGAAGGUGCUAAUCGAGUCAGAAGUGGUGGAGGUGGCCCGCUGGAUUAGCCGGAUCUGCUUCAACAGUCUGAUGACCAGUGACAUAGAGCCUUUCAGUUACCUGGACAGAGACUGGCUGGCUGUGAUGCCCUCAGAGGAUGAUAAACGUCUGUUGCGGUUUCCUUGUUUGAACCCUCUGGUCAUCCAGCUGAUGAUAAAAAGGGCCCCAUCUCUGCUGUGGCUCCUGGGGGCCUCUCUCUCUCAGCUGGAGGAGCUGCUGCCUGAGGUCCCUCACAAAGUCCUAAAGCUUUUCAAUGACAUCAGCUGUCUGUACAAGCCGACCGCAGACCCCAGUUCUCCGGAGCCACUCACAUCUCCCACCCAGCAAACACAGCGUCCACUUAAUCAACCUCCAACCACUGGUGGAGACCCCCAGCCAGACCCAUUUUUUACUGACCACGCGACCAGCUGCCUGCCUCUGUCCCCCAGGGUUGAAGGAGACCCUGAAAGGGCCAAGCAGGGCGGCAGUGCAGACUUCCAAGUUAACCUCCGCUGCUCCUCCACUGGCCCACAUAGUCACUUUCAGAACUACUUGACCAACAGCGACCUGUGUGGAGAAGAGAGGGGAGAAAGGGAGGAAGUGGAGUUUCACGGUAGGAGCAGCCAACGAAUGGGGGUAGCGGGGAGAAUCGUUGUGAGGGGGAGAGAGGAGGAGUGGAUACAGACAUAUCCCAUAAAUCGUCACCUCCCCACCCAGCCUCCACACUCUACUGAUGAAGAUCUGUUCCAGUGUGAGCCCGUGUUUGAUUUUGGUGCCAGUUUGCUACAGCCAGCCUGCGAAAAAAACAAUCCAACAUUCUCCCACACCACAGCAUACAGUGACCAUACACAACCAGAUAGCCACAACAUGACCCCAGCAUGGCUGUCCCCCACAAGCAUGGUGCCAUUGGGAGGAGGUCAGGAUGGUGCUAGUUGGACAAUAAUCACUGGAACAACUUCUGCUUAUGGCUCCAAAAGCAGGAUGGGAAGAGAGAUGAAAAGGAGUGCAGAUGCGGCAGGUAUGGCUAGCACAGUACUACCACCAGUGAAGAAGACGAGGCUGAGUUAUGAGCCGGUACCUGGUAGAAGGGACGGACAGACAAGGCUCGGGUUUUUUUAG